AUCAGCUGAUGAAAGUGACAAGGAAGGCAAGUGGCAGCAAAGCAACGAGGGGACUCUGGGCCAUGUCCAUUCACAUCCAUGAAUAGCCUCCAUAACCAUGGCACCACAAGGCAAGGGAUGAAGGCCACAGAGCCCAGGGGCCUGGUGUAUCAGCUUCUAUGGAGCUGGUUAAGAGCAAUCCAAGAAACCAUCACAUUGCUGUCACAGUUUGCUGAGCACCAGGCCCAAUGGGCACUCCAACAGGUUUCCAGUAAUCAUCUGCUGCAGACUCUGUGUCCAUGUUUAAGAUCCUAUAUAAGAACGAAUGCUCAGCUCACGACAAACCCCAGAGAGGAACAAGAAGAAACAGCAAACAAUAGGCAGAAAAAGUCCAAGAACCAGCAUAAUGAAGAUGGUGCAACUUCUUCUGGCUCUAGGAGGGAGCAGACAUCCCCUCCUUCACAGUCCAUUUACAGCCUAUUUGAUGGAGAUGGGCGACUGGAUAUCUUCCAAAUGCGCAAACUUGUCUAUGAGAGAGGCAUCCAUCCUAGUGAGAGAAAGAUCACCUGGAAGUUCCUCUUUGGUGUGUAUCCUGACAAAUCCACAACAGAAGAAAGGAGGGAGCUGGACCAGCAAAUGGCCUCCCAGUACCUCUGGAUGAAACAGUCGUGGAAACGGCGUUUCUCUUCAGCUGCCACCAUGAGAGUUCACUCUGACUUGGAGCUUUCUAUGGCCAUCCAGAAAUAUGAAGAACAACAAAGAGAAAUAGAAGCUGCCAGGCCAACUAAAGAUAUUUCCAGUGAACAAAGCAUGCCUUUCCGGCACAUCGACGAACGGCAGUUCCAGCAGGCAUUGAAAGACAUCGAUACUGAUGUUCCCCAAACAGACCGAAACAGAACCUUCUUCCAAUGCGAGGGACUAGUGAACCUCCUUCAUCUCCGAGAUAUUCUUGUCACAUACGUGGCCUUCCACCAAGAUAUUGGGUACUGCCAUGGCAUGAAUGACUUUGCCAGUCACUUUUUAGAGACCCUGGACAAUGAGACAGAAGCCUUCUGGUGCUUUGUGGGAUACAUGCGACGUUCAGCGUGGAGGUUCACAACCCUGGGUGUGCGGCGCAAGAUACAAAUCUGUGAAGAGGUUCUGAGACAUGUGGACCCAGAACUAUACAACCACAUAGAGAAUGUUUCCAAGGAAAAGCUAAUCUUCUGCCUCAGGUGGCUGCUGCUCCUUUUCCAGAAGGACUUAGACCACCAAGAUGCCGUGAGGGUCCUAGAGAUCAGUGCCUUGGAGACUGAAAAGAUGAAUUUGGGGGCUUGGAUCUGGCGGACCCACAGAGAAGGUGAGGAGAUACCAGCUCCAUUCAAUUCUGUGGAUCGGGAUGAGAUCACGUUUGAGGUGCUCCUUUGCAUUGCUGUACUGAUCCAGAACAGGAAGCAGUUGCUACAGUACCAGGAUGUCAAUGACUUUUUCCUGUUUGCACAAAGGUUGCAGGGUAGACUUCAGCUGAACACGUUACACGGGGAGGAGAGGACAUGAACAACAUCUGCCAUGAAGCAAGAUUCUACAGAAGACUACAAAGGGCACUCCCACAUAUGCCACGAGGAGAAAAGAACUUGAGUACCUCCUAGAGGAGAAUUUAGAUCACGGCCUUUUUGGGAGCAAAUCACCAAUGAAGCAAUAAGCAUAUCAACUAAAUGUUUUGUCAAGGCCUCUUAAUAAGCUAACAUAGUAGUCUUUGGGCAUCCUUCCACCCAAAAUGGAUAUCUUGCAACACUACCCAAGAAUCAGACAUAGAUCAGGAACUGGACAUCCAUGCAUGAUGUUUGAGGCCUCCUUAACCAGUCAUCUCAUCUCAUUUAUAAAAAUUGGAAAGUA